AUGCAAAAUUCAAGGGAAAUAAAAAAUGUUAUGAAAUAUGGGAAACUAAAUCGAAAUAAUAUAUUUUCAGAUAUUGUCAAAAAAAUAAACAAAAUAUUAUCAUAUAAAAAAGAAAAUAGAUAUAUAGACAAUAUUAAUGAUAAAUAUUAUAUUGAAAAAAUGAAAAAUGUAAAAGAAAAUUAUAAUAUGUUUAAAAAAAAUAUUACAAACAUCCCAGGAUUUAUGAUCUAUACUAGAAAUUAUAGAACGAUAAAAAAUAAAAAUCCUAAAUUAAAAAAAUAUGUAUUUAUAAAUAAAAAAAAUGGUAAAUUACCAUUUUUAAUAUAUAAAAACUAUAUUGAUAAUAAUCAUGAAAUAAUAGAUAAGUUGGUAACAUUAGUAAAUAAAUAUGAGCGUGAAAUAAACUUUUUUAAAUAUACAUUUAUAUUUAAUGGAGCUUUAAUAACAAUUUUACUUGUAUUUUUUAUAUAUAUAUUUAAUAGUGACUUUAUAAAUAGUUAUAUUGUUAAAGAAGUUGACAAAAUAGUAAAUGAAAUAAAAAAUUCUAAAAAAAUACAAAAUAAUAUAAAAGAAGUGAUAGAAAAUAUAUUAUAUAUAAUAGUAAAAGAAGAACAAAAUAAACAAAUAGCGUCUGAAUUUUUUGUAAAUGUAUUAUCACGUUCAAAAGGGCAAAUGAAUGAAUUAUUUAUUAAAAUGUUUGAAGAAAAAGAAAUAAAAGAUAUGUUUAAAAAUACAGCUUUAGAGUUAAGUACAUAUAUUUCUAAUAAUAAUGAAAUUCAAAAAAAUAUAUACCAAUUAAUAACAAAAUCGAUGUAUCACCCUGAAGCAAUUAGAAUAUCAACAAAUUGGCUAAAUAAUAUAUUUAAAUCGGAAAAUGUUACACAACAUGUUCGUAAUGUUAUAUACAAAGAAAUAUUUUCAAAUAACGAAAUGAAAGGGCAUUCAAUUAAUUAUAUGCAAAAUAUACUUUUGAAUGUUUUAGAAAGUGCAAAUUCAAAAGAAAUAGUAAAAUUGUUUUUUUUAUCAAUAUUAUCAAAUCCUGAUUUUCAAAAUGAAUUAUCAGAAAGUUUAUGGAAAAUUUUUAAAUUAGCAGUUUCCCCAAAAUGGAUGAAUUAUGAUGAUAUAAAAAUUGGAUUAUUAAAUGUGAAAGAAAAUAAAGAAAUUUCCAAAAAUAAAGAUUCAAAUACCCUGCAUAUUAUUACUACUAAUUGUGAUGAAAAAAAAUUUAAAAAUAACAUUUCAGGAAUUAACGCAGAAAACUAUAUCACAAACAAAUUCAAUGAUCAAACAAAAGAAAUAGUAUCUGAUCCGAAUUUAAAUAAAAUUGAGGAUUCAACAAAUGCUUUAUCAAAUAAUAUGCAUAAUGGUUAUAAUUUGAAAAAUGAGAUAAAAGAUGUUUUACAAUUUUAUGAACAAUUAAACAAAGAACCCAAUAUAAUACAAGGCAUAUCGAAUAAAAUAGAUGUAAAAAUGAAUAAAAUUGGAAAUAAUUAUAAUGAAGAUAAUAAUUUAUAUUUUUCUGAAAAAAAUUCAUAUUUAUUUUCAUUACAAUCAAAUAGUUUAUUAUAUAUAGCACCUACAUAUAAAGUUUAUGAUUUUAACAAAUUGAUAAAAAAAAUAGUAUGUUUUCAAUAUAUGAAAAUAAUUAAAACAGAUGAUAAUUUUAAUUCAUAUAAAAAAUACUCAGAAGAAAAUGAUAGCAAUGUAAUUAAUAAUACCUUAAAAAAUAAUUUAAAAUAUUAUACUUUUAAGGAACUAGCCAAUUUAUUUAUUGUAGAUACAUUAUUAUUUUAUUCUCACAAAUAUUAUUUUUAUUAUUAUUAUGUAGACAAAUUCAAAAAUUAUUUCUUAAAUUUUAGAAAAUAUUUUAUUCAAAAAUAA